CCCUCCUUCGUGUGUCUAUAGAGAUAUUGCUGGAAUCUUGACACCUGGCCAUGUAAACCUAAAAUAUUAUAGCUGUAUUUGCUUCUUAAUUUGUAUAUUUAAUCAAGAAAAAUGCUUCAUUUUAUUCAUAAUUAUAUCUCUUUCUCUCUCUCAUAUCUUCUUCUGAAGAUCAUGUUCCCUUUACAACGAAGUAAGGAGCUGGUGUUUCAACUCCCAUCUCCCACCACCAUUAAUUCUAAUCUCCAAAAUCAAAACCUAAUCCUUCAUCAAGAUCUUCUGGCCCCUUAUUCUGAUCUUCACUUUAAUACUCUCAUUUCCUCAAGAAUAAUGUCCACUUCCACUACCAAAAAGAUUCGAAAAUCGACCAAAUCAGCUGAGGAAGAAGCUGGUAGCUGGGAAGUGUGUGAUGAUCAUCAAAACCAGAAAAAAAUCUCCCACAGAGAUGUCGAGAGACAAAGAAGGCAACAAAUGAACUCACUUUAUUCAUCUCUCUUCAUGCUUCUCCCACCUGAACACAUCAAGGGUAAAAGGUCUAUAUCAGAUCACAUGCAAGAAACAACUAAAUAUGUAAAGAACCUAAAGAAGAGCAUCAAGGAAUUGGAAGACAAGAGGAACGAUCUAAGGAAACAAUCGGGUGCAGGCAUGACUAUCGAAUCUAGAUCCAUAGCAAAUCAUGAUAGAUUUCACAUCACUAGCUCCAUAGUUACAGUGAGCCCACAUAGCGGGGUGGAAAUUCUGAUCACUAGUGUAUUUGGAGAAGAUGGGAAUUUUUCUCUAUCUAAUCUCAUGAAAAUGUUUCAAGAAGAAGAAGGGCUUGAUGUUAUUAACUACAUUUCCACUGGAGUGGGUAACAAGGUUCAUCACAUAAUUAAGGCUGAGGUUGUUGACCCAUUGCGAUUUGAUCAAAUAAGGUUAAGAAGAAAGCUAAAUGAUCUUAUAUAGAUUAUUAAGGUUGUGAAGAUUUAUAAAUGUUUGAAUAGAAAGUAUGUAGAUUUGCCUUGUUUAGUUUUCUUUUUCUGAAUGUGUGUUGUGGUACUCGCUCUACGUACAAUCCAGUUAUGUGUUAUAAGAUUAGUUGCCUAUUACAAGUUUGUACCAAAUCUUUGAAUCAUUGCUGAUACAUUACUCAACUUUUUUAUUUUUAGGAAAGUGAGAUAGUACAUAGUAGCCUUGUAUGGAUUAUAUAUCUGUAUUGAUGAUUGUGAUUGUGGUUGUACCUUUAUUAACAUUUUCAUUUCAUUUGUGUAUU